AUGAGCCCUGUAGGAAAGAACUUCUCAGAAAAAAGCAAAGAUGGCAGCAAGGUGACUACAGUAGUAGCAACCCCUGGCCAGGGUCUUGACAGACCACAGGAAGUGUCCUAUAUGGACACAAAAGUCAUUGGGAAUGGCAGCUUUGGCGUUGUCUAUCAGGCCAAGCUAUGUGAUACAGGAGAGAUGGUGGCCAUCAGGAAGGUGCUCCAGGAUAAGAGGUUCAAGAAUCGGGAGUUGCAAAUUAUGCGACGCCUGGAACAUUGUAACAUAGUGAAACUGAAGUACUUCUUGAGUGGUGACAAGAAAGAUGAAGUUUACUUGAAUCUUGUACUGGAGUAUAUACCAGAGACUGUGUACAAAGUUGCAAGGCAUUACAGUAAAUCUAAGCAAACUAUACCUACUAGUUUUAUUAAGUUGUACAUGUACCAACUGUUUCGAAGCUUGGCGUACAUUCACUCAUUAGGCAUCUGCCAUCGGGAUAUAAAACCUCAGAACUUGUUGCUGGACCCGGAGACAGGUGUCCUCAAACUGUGUGACUUUGGCAGUGCCAAGAAUCUGGUAAAGGGUGAGCCAAAUGUGUUGUACAUCUGCUCACGCUAUUACCGUGCUCCGGAGCUCAUAUUUGGUACAGACUCCAUGAAGCCAUGGACCCAAGCAGUCAAUAAGGCAAGCUAGUCUAGUGACUCCUUA